AUGCGAACCCAACGGUCUAUAUCUCCUCCUCCUGGACCGCGGCGACACCUACCUGUUUCAUUGGCAACUCUACCUCUCGACGAGCCGUCACGAGGGCAAAACCUUCCACAUAAACAACGAAGCAGGCCCAACAGCUUGGGAAUUCGAGUCCUGCCAAACAAGGGAGCUACCCAGCUGCCGCAAUCUACUGCUAGCGCUGCAGGUAGGCGUAUUAGAGCCGAUGCUACACGCCGCGAUGGGGGAGAGACUGAAACAGGUACCGCUGACGCUGUACUCGAUGCGGUAUCGGGAAUAUCUCACGUGUCGGAUUUGGAUGAAGGAGGCACUGUUCACACGCUGGAUGAUGAGGGCUAUAUCACGCUGAAGAAGAGUGUCAAGGAUAUUGAGGAGGAGGCCAAGUAUCUUGCUAUGCUGAACAAGAGUAAAAACGAGAGGACGGUUACCAAGUCUAAGGGGUGUAUGUAA